GUUUUGAAUAAAGUUAGCGGAAAAUAAAGAAAACCAAAAUCCUUCAUUUCUUCGAUACAAACUAAGCUCCCUUCAUCACUUCCCACCUCCCUCUUUAAUUCCGCCUCCUUAGUCUUUCCCUUUCCGCCAAAGUUAGUGGCGAUUUCUCCAACAUCAUUAGCCAGAAGGCGACACACUCAACCUCUUUGUCCCUCUCUUAGUCACCUUUAAACCCGAAAGAAAUUUCUUUUCCUCAGCAGAGCUCUCUCUGAAAAUCUCUAUCUAGAAUUUCUUUCUACAAUGGCUCAAGUGGUGGCUACCAGAUCGAUUCAAGGUUCAUUGUUGUGCCCUAGCACUGGAUCCAUACAAGAGAGAGUUGAUAAGCUGAAGCCUUCAAGUUUUGCUUCGAAAGUACUGGCACGCGAGGACAACAAGAAGGAGAAGAACGGCCUCAAAAUUGCUCGUAGAACCACGCAAAUCGUGGCGGUUAGUAGAUCUGCUCGUGUUGAGACUGAAGUUAUUCCCGUGUCGCCUGAGGAUGUACCACAGAGAGAGGAGCAAGUUCUGCAUUUACAGCAAUUAGGCGACACAUCAGCGGGUAUGUGGUCCAAGCCCACAGUUAGACGAAAGACAAAGAUUGUUUGCACCAUUGGUCCUUCAACCAACACAAAGGAGAUGAUAUGGAAGCUGGCUGAGGCUGGGAUGAACGUUGCUCGAAUGAAUAUGUCUCAUGGAGACCAUGCAUCUCAUAAGAAAGUUAUUGACUUGGUUAAGGAAUAUAAUGCACAGUCUAAAGACAAUGUUAUUGCAAUCAUGCUUGACACUAAGGGUCCUGAAGUUAGGAGUGGUGACUUGCCUCAACCAAUCACCUUAACACCUGGACAGGAAUUUACCUUUACAAUUCGUAGAGGGGUCGGCACUGUUGAUUGCGUCAGUGUUAACUAUGAUGAUUUUGUUAAUGAUGUAGAAGUUGGUGACAUGCUUCUUGUUGAUGGUGGUAUGAUGUCAUUCUUAGUGAAGUCCAAGACAGAAGACUCGGUGAAAUGUGAAGUUGUUGAUGGAGGAGAACUUAAGUCCAGGCGUCAUUUAAAUGUUAGAGGAAAAAGUGCAACACUACCUUCCAUCACUGACAAGGAUUGGGAUGACAUAAAAUUUGGAGUGGAGAAUAAAGUUGACUUCUAUGCUGUCUCCUUUGUUAAAGAUGCACAAGUAGUUCACGAAUUAAAGGAUUAUCUGCGAAGCUGUGGUGCGGAUAUACACGUGAUUGUAAAAAUUGAAAGUGCUGAUUCUAUCCCAAAUUUGCAUUCUAUAAUUACAGCAUCUGAUGGGGCAAUGGUAGCAAGAGGAGACCUUGGUGCUGAGCUCCCUAUUGAGGAGGUUCCGCUUCUGCAGGAAGAAAUAAUCAGAUUGUGUCGGAGCAUGGGGAAAGCUGUUAUUGUGGCAACAAAUAUGUUGGAAAGCAUGAUUGUUCAUCCAACUCCAACUAGAGCAGAGGUAUCUGACAUUGCCAUUGCUGUCCGUGAGGGUGCUGAUUCUGUCAUGCUUUCUGGAGAAACUGCUCAUGGAAAAUUCCCAUUGAAAGCCGUGAAAGUCAUGCACACAGUUGCAUUACGAACUGAAGCAACCAUUCCUGGUGGUUCAAUGCCACCAAAUCUUGGUCAAGCCUUCAAGAACCACAUGAGUGAAAUGUUUGCAUAUCAUGCAACAAUGAUGUCAAACACUCUUGGAACGUCGAUUGUUGUCUUCACCAGGACUGGCUUCAUGGCUAUUUUGCUGAGUCAUUAUCGACCUACUGGCACUAUUUUUGCCUUCACAAAUGAGAAGGAAAUACAACAGAGACUUGCUUUAUACCAAGGAGUUUGCCCCAUAUACAUGGAGUUUUCAGACGAUGCUGAACAAACCUUUGCAAAUGCUUUGUCAGUGCUCAAGAAUCAAGGAAUGGUGAAGGAAGGAGAGGAAGUUGCACUUCUUCAGAGUGGCAGACAGCCAAUCUGGAGGUUUCAAUCUACUCACAAUAUUCAGGUCCGGAAAGUAUAGACACAAAGAAGUAUAAUGAACUUCUUAGGGCCCUCGGAUAAGGAUAAUUUAUGGAGUUUUAACGUGUCCCUACGCAUUUGCCUUUCGCUGUUGGAUUUUGCCUUCCUUUUGAUUCCUAGGUUUCAACUGGAUAAUUUUUAAAUGAUUUAUUUUAUUCUGCCUUUUCUUCUACCCUGAUUUUUCAGUCAAGUGUUGUAUGAUCCUUUAGAACAAAAGCAGUUGAAUGAAAAUUUUUCCCAAGAGA